GCUGGCGAGAGGGAGCGCAGGUGCGACAGGCCGGGGAAGCGGCUUUGUGAGGGGGUGUCCCUUGGAGAGCCGUCUCGUUGAGGGAGCGGGGCUGCGCCGUGGUCCGCGCGGGACAAGGGGUGCGGGCCUCCUCUGUUCCGUGGCGUCCGUGUGUUGAGGAGCUGGCCCCCCAUGACGAGAUGGGCUCGCCGAAGCGGCGCUCCCGGCGAAAAGGCGCUGGAUGCGACCCCCUGGGAGGAUAUGGAGGGUCAGGGCCACCCAGGCCCUCUUCUGAAGAAGGAGCAGGAGAAGAAGAAGAAGAAGAAGAAGAAAAAGGAUUACCAGAAUGAAGAUGUUAACGGGUUUGCGGCGUUCCUGAAGCAGAGCUCGGGGAGUGGUGAGGUGGCCCGACCAGACAGCGCUGAGCUGGAGAAGGAGGUAGCCAUAGCCUUGAAGAAGGACAAGCGGCGGGAGGGGAGGAGGCUGAAGAGGCAAGAAAUGAAGAAAAAUGCCAUGGUAUGUUUCCACUGUAGAGAACCCGGCCAUGGUGUUGCUGAUUGUCCUGCGGUACUUGAAAGUCAAGAUAUGGGUACAGGAAUUUGUUACCGAUGUGGAUCCACAGAGCAUGACAUCAGCAAAUGCAAAGCAAAAACAGAUCCAGCGAUUGGGCCAUUUCCAUAUGCAAAAUGUUUCAUCUGUGGUGAGAUGGGGCAUUUGUCAAGGUCAUGUCCAGAUAAUCCCAAGGGAUUGUAUGCUGAAGGUGGUGGCUGCAAACUUUGUGGCUCUGUGGAGCACUUCCGAAAAGACUGUCCAGUAAAACAGAAUGCAGACCAGGUUACGGUUGCGCGAUGGGCCACUGGAAUGAGCGCAGAUUACGAAGAAAUCACAGAAGCACCAAAGCUGCAAAAACCGAAAGUGAAAGUACCCAAAGUUGUGACUUUCUGAAAGCUUUUUGGCUGUAAAUCACUUUGCCUGCACUGCUUCACUUCAGAGUAGGGACUACACAGAGUGGAUUGCUGAUUCCAGAAAAUCAAACUUGACUGCUGCUGCAAA